AUGCUCCGACACGACCACAACCGGAUCGAGCCCAAGAGGCGGAGCACUUUUGACUAUCGCAAGAAGCAAUUCGCCGAGGCGUCGUACAAGGAGACGCAGUAUCCCACGCGUCUCAACUUCUACUCGGCCCCGCCCACCGCCGACAUCACCCUCGAGCAGUUUGAGCAAUGGGCCAUUGACAGGUUACGCAGGCCUCUCUCCCUUUCCCAUCUAGUCCUCGCCGAGCUGGAAGCAUGCUCCUUCCGCAACAAGACGCCCGCCGAGACGGCGACGCACAUGAAGCCCCUGCUCGACAAGUACCUGCUGCUUGAGUCCAACAGCUCCUCCUCGACGCAGCUCUUUGCCCAGCGCCAAAAGGACCACUACAGCCACUUCAUCCUGCGCCUCGCCUUUGCCCAGACCGAGGACCUGCGCCGCCGCUUCACCCGCGUCGAGACCAUGCUGUUCCGCCUGCGCUUCAACGCCGAGGACGCCCGCGACCGCGCCGCCUUUGUGCAAGGGCUGAACCUCGACUGGGAGACGGUGUCGGACAAGGAGAAGCAGGAGCUGGCGGUCGAGCUGGCGGCCACCAGCGGUGCCGCGUACGGCCGCAGGGCCGCCGCCGCCCCUCCGCCGGAGGAGGAGACGUGGUGCAAGGUCGACUGGGAGCGCGUGCCGGACCUGGUCGAGGGCCGGAGGGUGUUUCUCAAGGCGGGCAAGGCAUACGUGCCGGCGCGGGAGCAGGCGAGCAUGGUCAUCGCCGAGUUUACGUCUAGGUUGGAGCGGGCACUCGAGCUCACCGCGCGCGCGCUGCCCCGCCUGGACGAAGACGACCGGCUGACGCCCAUCCUGAACCACCUGUCCAAGAACUUCGUCACGCCCGACGCCGCCUACAGCGACACGGCCAGCAGCCUGGGCGGCGCCGAGAUCUCGGCGCGCAACAUCGACGCCCUCGCGCAGCACAUGCCCCUCUGCAUGCAGAACCUGCACCGCACGCUGCGCCGCGACGCCCACCUCAAGCACUUCGGCCGGCUGCAGUACUCGCUCUUCCUCAAGGGCAUCGGCCUCGGCCUCGAGGAGGCCCUCGCCUUCUGGCGGACGGCCUUCAACAAGAUCACCGACGACACCUUCAACAAGGAGUACCGGUACAACGUGCGCCACGUCUACGGCGACGUCGGCGGCGACCAGAACCGCCGCGGCGGCGGGUACAGCCCCUACAGCUGCCAGAAGAUCCUGACGGAGCACCCGCCCGGGCCGGGAGAGGCGCACGGGUGCCCCUACCGGCACUUUGACGUGGACAACCUGGGCGCGCUGCUGCAGCAGGUGGGCGUCACGGACCGGGCGGUGCUGCAGGGCGUCCGGGAGGACAAGGAGAAGCAGAAGUUCCACAUGGCGUGCAACCGGCAAGUUUCUUUUUGUGUUCUCCCCAUCUGGAAUGUCUUUGAGCACCUCCACAGAAAGGAGAUUGAAAAGGCCAGGGCGGACGGCGUCAUGACGGCCAACCAGCUCGAGACCAUCGUCCACCCCAAUGAGUAUUUCAAGCGGAGUUUCCUGCUCAAGAACAUGGGCAAGAACGGGGACGAUGUUAAGAUGGAGGGCUAA